AUACAAGACUUUAAUGAAAAGGGAUUUUAAUACAGCGUCAUUAGCAUUGGAAAAGAUGCCAGCUCCAGCUACCACAUAUGAAAGAGUAGUUUACAAAAAUCCCUCUGAGCACCACUACCUGAAAGUCUGUCUAGAAUUUCAGGAUUGUGGAGUUGUACUAAAUGCUGCACAGUUUAAACAGCUGCUUAUUUCAGCCCUGAAAGACCUGUUUGGAGAGGUUGAUGCUGCUUUACCAUUGGACAUCCUAACCUAUGAAGAGAAGACCUUGUCAGCCAUCUUGAGAAUAUGUAGCAGUGGUCUUGUCAAAUUGUGGAGCUCUUUGACCCUGUUAGGAUCCUAUAAAGGCAAGAAGUGUGCUUUCAGAGUAAUUCAGGUUUCUCCAUUUCUCCUUGCAUUGUCUGGUAAUAGUAGAGAGCUAGUAUUGGAUUGAAUAGUCCUUAAUGUUGGAAACAUCAAAAGUCUCCUACUUUUUGAUGCCUGCAAAAUGCUUGAAGACUGAAGCAAGCUAACGUCUCCUGUUGGUGGGAUUUGGGGGUGCUAAAGAUGUUCCCAGUCAUUUCCAGUUAUCACCUUUGGUGGCGUGGUCUUCAGAGGAUUAUCUGCCUGCACCCAGGUCUCAGCAAGCAGCACUUCCAGCACGUGCACAUCAGAGUUGGAGACCGGGCUGAACUCAGCAGGGCCUUCACACAGAGGGACGUGGUUACCUUCUCAGAACUAACGGGGGAUGUCAACCCUUUGCAUUUAGAUGAAGAUUUUGCAAAACACACCAGGUUUGGAAAGACAGUUGUACAUGGCGUGUUGAUUAAUGGACUUAUUUCUGCUCUCCUUGGUACUAAAAUGCCAGGACCAGGCUGUAUAUUUCUUUCCCAGGAAAUUAACUUUCCAGCACCUUUAUAUGUUGGAGAAGUUGUGUUAGCAUCUGCAGAAGUGAAAAAACUGAAGCGAUUCAUUGCUAUUAUUGCAGUUUCAUGUUCUGUAAUAGAAAGUAAAAAGACUGUUAUGGAAGGCUGGGUCAAAGUUAUGGUCCCAGAAACUCCAAAAUCCUGAGUCUGUAUCUAAGGAUGCAAAUUCAGCCUUCAAUGUUACUGUUACUAAGUUUGUGAGGAGAGCAAGGACUGCUGCUUUUCACAAGGAAAUAACUGAUAGAACCAGAAGCCAUGUUGGGGGAGCGGAGCUGGUGGUGGCCCUCUGCUUCAUAUAGACUUGAGUAUAUUCAAUGUCUUUUUUUUUUUUUAAUUGGGGAAAAAAAUGAGUAGGUUAUUUAUCUAACGGUUCUUUUAGGAUUUCAAACCUGGUUGUGUUUGGAUAACAUAGACCUACCUAUAUCUGUGUAGAAUAAAGUUUCUCACUGAAUUGAUAACUAGCUAGCAUUUAAUUGAAGGCAACAAGAGAAGCUGGAUCAUCUUUGAAUACCUACCUAGCAAAUAUUCUUAAAUCCUGUUCAAUGGUGUCUCUGUUAGAGUGGAUUGUAAUUUGCUGUGUUUGCAACAAGAUGUCUUCUUGCUCAACCUUCAGUGGCACUUGCCUUUCAAAUGGACUUCCCUAUUAUUGAAAAGGACUUGCAGGUGGAUUUGGACCCAGUUACUUACUCACUGUUGUGUAUAAAAACAGAGGUAACAUCACUUUCAAACAUUGUUAAAUAUGGGUAGAUAAGCACAAAACCUGAUUUGUAAAUAGUAGCUAUUACUACUUCUCAUUCUCUCCUCUAAAUGAAGCUAAAGAUUUUUCUGACUUGAAAGCUAUCUGGGUCACUGUAUACAUAGAUUAAAGGCCAAUCUUUCAGGAUGUCAACCUUUCUCUGUUGGUCAUUAAUGCAAAGUUUCUAAUUUAGUGCACAUUAUUUUCUCCCUCUCUUGAAAAUAUGAUCUCCCAUUGCAUAUAUAAUACACACUUAUUGUAAAAAUAAAUAAAAAUUACAAAACCA